AUGAGUAUGUUGUAUAUCAUUGUUGCAUUCGUCUUCUUUGCAUCUAUAUUCAUUGCAAAGAACACAAGAAAGACAAAGAGAAAUCUACCUCCUGGACCACCAAAACUUCCUAUAAUUGGAAACUUGCACCAGUUGGGAUCAAAACCUCACCGUUCCAUGUUCAAAUUAUCUGAAAAAUAUGGAUCUCUAAUCUCCCUCAAGUUCGGAAAUGUGUAUGCCGUUGUGGCGUCAACUCCAGAGACGGUGAAAGAGUUCUUGAAAACGUUCGACGUUGAUUGUUGUUCACGACCUUAUAUGACUUACGUUGCAAGGCUUACAUACAAUCGCAAAGAUCUUGCCUUUUCUCCGUAUAGCAAAUAUUGGAGGGAACUGCGAAAGAUGACUGUUGUCGAACUCUACACUGCGAAAAGGGUGAAGUCAUUUGGACAUAUCAGACAAGAAGAAGUUGCGUCUUUCGUCGAUUUCAUCAAACAAUCUGCCUCAUUGGAGAAACAGGUUAACUUCAACCUCAAGCUUAUGAAAUUGUCAGCAAGUGUGAUUUGUAGACUUGGAUUUGGGAUAACUCUUGAAGGGAGUAACCUUGAGAAUACUUAUGACAAAGUAAUUCAAGGGAUCAUGGAGGUUGGCGGGAGUUUCGCAGCAGCUGAUUUCUUCCCCAUUGUUGGUGGGUUAAUCGAUAGGCUCACAGGGUUACAUAGCAAAUGUGAGAAGCUUUUUAAAGCAGUGGAUAUGUUUUUUGAUCAAGCUAUACAACAACAUUUGGACGAUGAGGGUACUAAAGAUGAUAUCAUUCACUUGCUCCUCAAAAUGGAAAGGGGAGAGACUGGACUUGGAGAGUUUCAACUUACUCGAAACCACACUAAAGGAAUUCUUCGGAAUAUUCUUGCCGGUGGAAUAGACACUUCUGCUCACACUGCAACAUGGGUUAUGACACAUUUAAUUACAAACCCAAGAGUUAUGAAAAAAGUGCAAGCCGAGAUGAGAGAAGUGAUCAAACACAAAGACGAUAUCACAGAAGAAGAUAUAGAGAAACUGGCGUAUCUCAAAAUGGUGAUCAAAGAAACAUUAAGGAUAAAUCCACUUUUGCCUCUAUUAGUUCCUAGAGAGGCUUUAAAAGAUUUAAAGAUCGGGGGAUAUGACAUUCCGAAGAAAACAUGGAUCCAUGUCAACGUUUGGGCUGUCCAUAGGAAUCCAAGUGUUUGGAAAGAUCCAGACGCUUUUAUCCCUGAAAGGUUUUUGGACAAAGAGAUCGACUAUAGAGGUCUUAACUUUGAAUUGUUGUCGUUUGGUAGUGGAAGGAGGAUGUGCCCUGGUAUGGGUAUGGGUCUAGCUUUGGUACACUUGACUCUUAUCAAUCUCCUUUACCGUUUUGAUUGGAAGCUUCCGCUUGGAAUGAAAGCAGAAGAUGUUGAUCUUGAAGAAUCAUAUGGACUUGUCUGUCCUAAGAAAGUUCCACUUGAGCUCAUCCCGAUCAUUACCCAGUGGACUUAA